AUGAUACUAUUUGUGAUGGAUCAAGACGAAGCAACGGCUGAUUCUGUGCCGACAAUUCGAUUUACAAAUAUCGAAGACUUAGUCAGGGAAAAGUAUUCCCAGCAAGGAGAUGCAUUGCGCGUAACAAGUACGUCUGUCCAUAGUUUAUAUCUCUUCUUCCCUUUUCUUACUUAUUCGGCAGACGUAUCUCUUGCGGAUUUCAACAAGAUAGACGAAGAGUCCGAGUGGAACAAAAUCCGCAUCUCGCAGUAUUUGGAGUCCUCCCAAUGUAUGCUGGUGUCCAUCCCCACAGCUGCCCACGAAGUGCUUCACCUGGCGCUGGAUAGAAAGAUUAGCCGUCGACUCGAUCGUAUGGGACUGGAUGACGACUGGAACCCUACGGGAGCGGUGACCUGUUACAGCCAGGGGUUUCGUUCCGGCGGCGGCAACGGCGGUGCAGGAUCGGCAGACUCGUCGAUGAGGCCGUAUAGAAACGGAUACAGAGGUUUCCCUACCCUCAUGAUCGAAGCCGGAUGUUCUUGGCCUUUGGUCCGCAUGCGGGACAAGGCUGAAUGGUGGUUUCAGGUCUCGAAUCACACUGUCAAGACUGUUCUUUUGGCAAAGCUCGACGAGAGUCGGCUUACCAUCGUCUUGGAGAGGUGGGAGGAGAGACAGCAGGGGGGAACUAACGAGGAAGAGGUCGAAUGGGUGGCGGCCUGUCAACAAGCCAUUACUAUAUCCGAUACUGGUUCGAAUCCGCCAGUGUAUCGAGUGACUGGUGGUGAUUUGAUGCUGAAUCUCAAGCUGCUGCUUCUGAAUAGUUCGCUCGAGGAAGAGGAAUACGUUGCUGUGACUGUGGACGAUUUUGAAGACUAUGCGCGACGAGUGUUUGAAAAUGCUCUAGGGAGACAUGUUGGAUCGAGAUGA